CUAAGAGGAACUAUGCAGCCGGAGACGUGUUGCAGCGACACCCACAUCCAGAGAGCUGUUGCAAAACUUCCGACCCGCAGCCUUGGAACAGCACGUUAAGACGUUUUAAAAAGGGGAAGACGUCCGUUCGAGGAGUGAUAGCUUAUAGGACUGAUUGCGACCAUGGCAGAUGAAGCAGUAGUUCUGGAGGAAGGCAGCAGUGCAGCUCAGAGCCCUCUGGUCGCAGUCACCUUCCAGAGAAACGUCAACAGGAAACAGAAGUACCUGGAGGCUGAACCCAAAGCUCUGGGGAUCACUCAGAUUGGCCUGAGUGCCUUUCAGAUUAUCUCUGUGAGUUUGUUUCUGGCUCAAGACCUGAAACCUUGGGAUGUAUCUUUCUUCAUUUCAUCUCUACUGGUGGUGAUAGCUGGGAGUGUGGCUGUAGCGGCGCAGAACCUCCACCUGCCAACGCUGAGGGCCUGUUUGGGGAUGCAGAUUGUGUCCUGUGGCGCCUCCAUCUUCAACAUUAUCUCUGUUCUGAUUAAAAUGGGGGAUUCACCAUCUUUCUGCUGGCAUUUUUAUGAUGAGCACGCUUCGUCACGUAAUGGCGAAAUCUGCCAUAAAGCUGAGAACACCCACACCCACUUCUUUGCUGAGAAUACGGUCAUUCAGGUUGCUCUGUUGGCCAUCUCCGCCACUCUGGCCGCCUACUGCUGCAAGGUGGUCAACUGCUGCGCGCCGGCUCCCAAAAUGCCGGUGAUCACUGUACAUGCCCCCCCUGUCCAACCAUGAGGAAACACAGUGGACGGAUGCAGAAGACAGGCGUACAGCCACAUACAAAUGCUACGUAUAUUUUAAGCUGGACUAAUCAAUAAUUGUAUUUUGACAAAUAUGAAAUGUGAAAGGGGAUAAUGGUAAAAGAGUUCAACUCAACAGAGUUUUUUUUGCCUCUUUUAGCUCAUUGUUUUGGUUCUCCAGCCUACAAACUCCAUUACAUAUUAAGUUAGCUAAUGUUGGCUAGCUAGUCCUCAUACUGUGUCCUCACACUUUGCAUGUUAUCACAUAUUUUUUUAUUAACAGAUACGCAACAGUUCCCACCAUGAGUCUCAACUGUAUAGAGAUGACAAAAUUCAUUUUAAUUCUUUUUUGCUGUUCCUUCAUGAAUACUACCUAAAUAAUGCUUUACUGUUUGUCACUGCAGCUAACAGCUAUGGAUAAUAAAGAGCUAACAGAUUUGAAGAA